CCCGUGUAUAACCCGUGUGUAACCCAGGUGUAACCCGUGUGUAACCCGUGAGUAACCCUGUUGUAUCUCAGCUGCAAUGUCGCGGGUGCAGCUGCAGUGCAAGAACCUGCAGGAGUUCCUGCGCGGGCUCAGCCCCCCCACCCUGGACCGGCUCUAUGGGCACCCGGCCACCUGCCUGGCCGUCUUCAGGGAGCUGCCGGGGCUGGCGCAGGCCGGGAUCAUGCGGAUGCUGUUCCUGGAGCAGCCGCUGCCCCAGGCGGCCGUGGGGCUCUGGGUCAAGAAGGAGCACAGCAGGGAGCAGCAGCAGAGCCAGGAGGUGCUGCUGGAGCUGCGCCUGUGGCACCCCCACACCCUCCCGGGGGGGCUCCCGGGGGUCGCCCUGCACCCCAACUUCCGCCAGAACCUGAGGGUGGCCCUGCUCGGGGGGGGCAAGGCCUGGUCGGACGACACGGCCCCGCUGGGCCCGGACCGGCACGCCCGCGACGUUCCCGCCCUGGACAAAUACGCCGAGGAGCGCUGGGAGGUGGUUUUGCACUUCAUGGUUGGCUCCCCGAGCGCGGCCGUCAGCCAGGACCUGGCGCAGCUGCUGGUGCAGGCCGGGCUCAUGAAGAGCGAGGGGGGGGAGCCGCCCUGCAUCACCUCGGCCGGGUUCCAGUUCCUGCUGCUCGACACCCCCGCCCAGCUCUGGUUCUUCAUCCUGCAGUACCUCAGGGGGGCCGAGGCGCGGGGGAUGGACCUGGUGGAGAUCCUGUCCUUCCUGUUCCAGCUGAGCUUCUCCACCCUGGGAAAGGAUUACUCGGUGGAGGGCAUGAGCGAGUCGCUGCUGACGUUCCUGCAGCACCUGAGAGAGUUCGGGCUGGUGUUCCAGAGGAAGCGGAAGUCGCGUCGGUUCUACCCGACCCGCCUGGCCAUCGCGCUGGCCUCGGGGACAGCGGGGACAGCGCUGGGGACAUCCUUGGGGACAUCCUUGGGGACAGAGCCCGACGGGCACGGCUUCAUCCUGGUGGAGACCAACUACCGCAUCUACGCCUACACAGACUCGGAGCUGCAGGUGGCGCUCAUCGCGCUCUUCUCGGAGCUCCUCUAUCGCUUCCCCAACCUGGUGGUGGCACAGGUGACAAGGGACAGCGUGCAGGCGGCCAUCGCCAACGGCAUCACCGCCGACCAGAUCAUUCACUUCCUGCGCACCCGCGCCCACCCCGUGAUGGCCAAACAGAGCCCGGUGCUGCCCCCGACCGUCACGGACCAGAUCCGGCUCUGGGAGCUCGAGCGGGACCGGCUGCGCUUCUCCGAGGGUGUGCUGUACAACCAGUUCCUGUCCCAGGUGGAUUUCGAGGUGCUGCGGGACCACGCCCGCGCCCUGGGCGUGCUCGUGUUCGAGAACCCGGCCCGGCGCCUGAUGGUCGUCACCCCCGCGGGGCACCCCGACGUCAAACGCUUCUGGAAGCGCCAGAAACACAACGGCUGACCCCAAAAACCCAAAAAUACCCAAAUUUGGGAUCCUCAGAAACCCCAAAAACCCCGAAAUCCCGGAGUUUGGGGUCCAAAAAUGGCUAAAAUAACCAAUUUUGGGGUUACUGGGGCACCCCGACGUCAAACGCUUCUGGAAGCGCCAGAAACACAACGGCUGACCCCAAAAACCCAAAAAUACCCGAAAUUACAGAGUUUGGGGUCCUCAAAAAUCCCAAAAUCCUCAAAAUCGCCGAGUUUGGGGUCCAACAUCACUGGUUUUGGGGUUACUGGGGCACCCCGACAUCAAACGCUUCUGGAAGCACCAGAAACACAACGGCUGACGCCAAAAACCCCAAAAAUACCCAAAUUUGGGAUCCUCAAAAACCCCAAAAUUCUGGAGUUUGGGAUCCCAAAACCCCCAAACCCCCCCAAAUUUGGGAUUUGGGUUCCUAAAAUCCCCUAAAUCCCCAAAUUUGGGGUCCUGGCGCCCAAAAUGUCUCCUGCAAAUCCAAAAUUUCGGAUUUGGGAUUUUUGGGGUUCCAAGUGCCCCAAAAUUUGGGGUCCUGGUGCCUCAAUCCCGUAAAAAUCCAGGAUUAGUAGGAGGAAAAUGUAAUUUUUUUGUACAAAUGCUGUUUUUUGCGCAGGUUUUUUGUAGUAAAAACGUUUUGAACAAAAUAGCGAAAUUUUGAGAGCCUGAGGGAAAAGGAGAACCUUGGGAUUUUGAGGGAUUUGGUGGAAAAAUCCUGGAUUUUGGGGAGAAAAAUUUUGGGAUUUUUGUGAAUUUCGGAGUCCGGGGGAGUUGAGGGCGGGGAUUUCUGAGGGGAAAACCACGGAUUUAGAGACAAUAGCGGCGAAAUCCCGGGGGAGAGACGAGAUUUAUGGACUUUGGGGAUAAAAAUGGGGAUUUUGGGGAUAAAAAUGGGAAUUUCGGUCCCAAUAUCCCAAAUGGCGAAUUUAUUUGCGCUUCUCAAAGCGGCGUUACGGUAAAGCCGCCAUCGCUCUCGCGAUAUUACGGUAACUCCGUUAG